AUGGCCCCUGCCGACUUCGAGGCCUCUGAGCUGCUAGGCUUGGACCAGGACGCCUGCCGGACGGUGCUCGGGGACCUGCGCGGUGCCUCUCUGCGGCCUGUCGAGCUGGAGUUCAAGUCGUUCCGCGACUGCGCCUACUUGACAGCGAAGGCUUUGGGUGUGCAGGUCCGUUUCACGCCAGCAGAUCCGCCACAGGCGCGUGUGGAUGUGGUGUUUCUGUACAACGAAGGCGAAGGCUUUGCUCAGUACAGUGCUGGCCCGCUGCCGGAGGGCCUGCAGUGGAGUCACCAUAGCAAGGACGUGGUCCUGAUGCUGGGGGAGCCUUCAGACAAGUAUGGUGGAGGGCGUUUUAGAGCCGUUGGCAUCAGCUACGAGACCUUAGGUCUCGAUAUACAGUUCAGAGAGAGCAACUGGAACGAUGAGAAGAAUCCCAUGGCGUUCGUCUCCAUUUUCCCGCGCCUGGAUCCUUCCCAUGGUCUUUGUCAGAUCUGUGGCAAACUGGCAUCGUUUAGAUGCGGCCUCUGCAAGCAGAGAUCUUAUUGCAGUUCCAGUUGUCAGAAGACUGACUGGAGAACGCACCAGGAAGACUGUCCGGGGUUUCUGGAAAAGAAAGCUUCGCUGCGGUGGGAGGGCGAACUGAUGCUGCCACGCUGCCAGCAGCUCUCGCGGAAGCUCACAUCGGCAAUUUCCGAGGUCGUUCUGGACAGCAUGGACUGUGAGUGGGCAACGGGUUUGGAAUCCGAGCCGCUUAGAGUCCCCCUGGGAUUUUAUGGAGACACGGAGGCCACGCAGCGUCUGCGGCGGCAACUGGCCAUCCACCCGCCUGUGCUGGACACAGUCACGGAACAGCUCGGCUUGCUGCGGCGGCACCAGAAGGAGCUGAAGGACUGGACCGUGGAGAGCAUCGCCCAGUCUUUUCGGGACCGCUCCAAUUCCGCUGCUUGGGAGCUUGCGGUGUUGAGGCCGGAGAUGUCUGUCUUGAAGUCCCAGGUAGAGGCCUUGAAAGAGGAGAACGGGCAUCUGACGAGCCAGCUCAGUGCAGGCCAGAGCCGUGAAAGUGAAGUGCAGCAGAUGAUCUGCCGGGCAAAGAGCCGGAACGGGCAACUGCUCUUGGAAGUAGAAGAGAUGAGGCAACAGUUGGAAGCUCAGAAGGGAAUCCAGGAGCUGGCCGAACGACUGCGCAAUCAGUUGUGUCGGGCAGAACGUGCUGCCACUGACGCUGAGAUGGAGUGUGAGUCACUGCGAAGGCAGCUGGAAGGAUCCGGACAAAGACAGAGAGCUGAUACGGAUGCAGAUGAGGACGCAGAGGAGCUGCGCGAGCGCCUCAUGGAGAUGCAGGAGGCACUGAAUGCAGCCAGAGACAGAGCAACCGAUGCUGAAAUGGAGUGUGACGACCUGCGCAAACAGCUGCAGCGAGGUUCAACUGCGCGUGCAUCUGCAGAACGCAAAGGGGAUGACGAUUCGCAUCUUUUUGAGAAGUUGGCAGAGUUACAGGAACAGCUGGAUGCUGCCAGGGAUCGCGCCACUGAUGCUGAGAUGGAGUGUGAGUCACUGCGAAGGCAGCUGGAAGGAUCCGGACAAAGACAGCCAGCUGAUACGGAUGCAGAUGAGGACGCAGAGGAGCUGCGCGAGCGCCUCAUGGAGAUGCAGGAGGCACUGAAUGCAGCCAGAGACAGAGCAACCGAUGCUGAAAUGGAGUGUGACGACCUGCGCAAACAGCUGCAGCGAGGUUCAACUGCGCGUGCAUCUGCAGAACCCGAAGGGGAUGACGAUUCGCAUCUUUUUGAGAAGUUGGCAGAGUUACAGGAACAGCUGGAUGCUGCCAGGGAUCGCGCCACUGAUGCUGAGAUGGAGUGUGAGUCACUGCGAAGGCAGCUGGAAGGAUCCGGACAAAGACAGCCAGCUGAUACGGAUGCAGAUGAGGACGCAGAGGAGCUGCGCGAGCGCCUCAUGGAGAUGCAGGAGGCACUGAAUGCAGCCAGAGACAGAGCAACCGAUGCUGAAAUGGAGUGUGACGACCUGCGCAAACAGCUGCAGCGAGGUUCAACUGCGCGUGCAUCUGCAGAACGCAAAGGGGAUGACGAUUCGCAUCUUUUUGAGAAGUUGGCAGAGUUACAGGAACAGCUGGAUGCUGCCAGGGAUCGCGCCACUGACGCUGAGAUGGAGUGUGAGUCACUGCGAAGGCAGCUGGAAGGAUCCGGACAAAGACAGCCAGCUGAUACGGAUGCAGAUGAGGACGCAGAGGAGCUGCGCGAGCGCCUCAUGGAGAUGCAGGAGGCACUGAAUGCAGCCAGGGACAGAGCAACCGAUGCUGAAAUGGAGAGUGAGUCUCUGCACGUGCAACUCCGCAAUUCAGCUGUGCAGCAGCUUACAGACAAAAUGUUUCUGCAAGAUGGCAAGACGCAGCGGGAGCUGGAGCUUGAGAAGCAAAUUGCAGACUUGAUGGGCGAUUUGCGUAAGAAAUCCUAG